GACGCGGGUCGCGGCUUCAAGGAGAAAGAUUCAGGCGACAGGAAGCUCAGUGAGGGAGCACGUGAUGCGCGUUGCCGGGCAACGCUGAGAGUUUGUGGGAGGAGCUACGUCUAGUUCCAGAAGCGGAGCGGUGCGCUGUAACCCUCAGCUCCAGACGCAGACAGAUGGGCCGAGGCCACCAUGUGUCCUGCACUACAGACAGAUCUCAAACAGGAGGUCUUCAGGGACCCCUAUGAACGUUUCAUGCAGCACCACCUUCAGUACUAUGGUUACUUCAGAGACCUCAAGGCUAAAGAAGAAGAGUUCUUAUCACGAGCAGGGCAGCGGAAAACAGAACGGGACGAGGCAGAAAGUGACUCCGACCUGCAGUAUUCUCGGGACGAUCAAAAGAAGCUCAUGUAUUCUCUGUUACUGAAUGGAUCCAUCUUUAAGAGCAGACAGGUUGUGUUUGAUAAUCAGGAGGGUCAGGUUGUCCCACGCCUCACCAAGCCCCGCGAUUUGUUCUCAUCUUCCAAACACAACGGUGUCCUACAGCUUCCGCGAUGGCCGAAAGAAUGUGAAAUUAUCAACGGAGAAAUCACGCAUAUUGAAUGGGAUCCACCAGAUCCUGAGUAUUUCUACGUCCACACGGGGAAGGAAAAAACCCCGCAAGUUUCUUCUGAAGGCAAAAAGAAAGUCGUAUAUGAGAUUAAAGAAGCUUUCAAAGGCUCUUUCUUCACGGGAUCUCGCACAGGAGGACGUCGCUGCGCCAACAACAUUCCCUGCAGCAGUUCCGAGGGUCAGGAUGACAGAGACCUGCAGUUUGAAUCACGCUUUGAAAGCGGAAAUCUUCAGAAAGCCGCCAAAGUUGGGAAGUACGAGUAUGAGCUGACCCUACGCACUGACCUCUACACCAGCAAACACACUCAAUGGUAUUACUUCCAGGUGAAGAACACAAAGAAAGGCGUCCCAUUCCGCUUCACCAUCACCAACCUGAUGAAGAGCAACAGCUUGUAUAACGCAGGCCUAAAGCCGUUGCUGUACUCCCAGAAGGAAGCCCUGCUACGUGGUGUUGGGUGGAAGAGGGAAGGCCAAGACAUUAAAUACUAUAAGAGCUCCGUAUCCCAGGAUGGGAAGAGUUUGUAUUGCUUGACAUGGACCUUUGAAUUCCCACAUGAUGAUGACACGUGUUACUUUGCUCACUGCUAUCCGUAUACCUACUCUGACCUGCAAAGGGAUCUCCAUAGUGUGGCAAUUGACCCUGUGCGCUCUCAUUACUGCAAGAUACGAUCUUUGUGUAGGAGUUUAGCGGGUAACACCGUCUACCUGCUUACCAUUACUUCUCCAUCUGCGAACCUCUCAGAAGCUGCUAAGAAGAGAGCCGUGGUGGUGACGGCGAGAGUCCACCCUGGUGAAACCAAUGGCUCCUGGAUGAUGAAAGGUUUCUUGGAUUUCCUUCUGAGUGAUUCUCCAGAUGCUCAGGUCCUGCGGGAGACAUUUAUCUUUAAAGUGGUCCCCAUGCUGAACCCUGAUGGUGUCAUUGUCGGAAACUAUCGUUGCUCUUUGACCGGCAGGGACCUAAACAGGAACUAUAGAAGCGUGCUGAAGGAUUCCUUCCCGUGCAUUUGGCACGCUCAGGAUAUGAUUAAAAGGCUCCUGUCCAAAAGAGAAGUUCUUCUCUAUUGUGAUUUCCACGGACACAGCCGAAAGAGUAACGUCUUCAUGUACGGCUGUAACAACAAGAACCACCCAGAAACCAGAUUGCAAGAGAGGGUAUUUCCUCUGAUGCUGAGCAAAAAUGCACCCGACAAGUUCUUUUUUAAAGGGUGUAAGUUUAAAGUACAAAAAAGUAAAGAAGGAACAGGACGGAUUGUAAUGUGGAGGAAGGGUAUAAGAAACAGCUAUACCAUGGAGUCAACAUUUGGAGGAUCCACUCUAGGUGACAGAAAUGGCACCCAUUUUACAACAGCAGACCUAAAAUCCAUGGGCCGGCACUUCUGUGACGCAUUGCUGGAGUAUUGCAAUCCAGACAGCACCAAGUUCCGUUUAUGUUUGUCUGAGAUUCAGAGUUUAGUUGAAGAAGAAAUAAGAGAAAAACUGAAACAACUUGGACGUGAAGUCGAUUCAAACGUCACUUUGAGCGACAUCUCGUUGUCAGACAUUGAAUCCAGCACCAGUGGCUCCAACAGCUCCGAAUCAGACGGUCUCCCUGCCCAUUUACUAAACAUUGCAGAAAAGUUUUAUAAGAAGAAGAAGCGAUUACGAUCACGAAAGGAGAGAAACAGUUUGUAUCGGAAGCAAAACUCCAAACAGAAACCAAAGCCAAGUGAUGUUAAUGACAUUUCUGAACCUUCUGGCCAAACGGUUAGACCUGCGCGCUCCAGAAUAUCAGGGAAAUUAGACAAGGGGAGAACAAAUGUGAAGGUGAAGGAUCGGGAAGGUUCAUUAUCACAGGCGUCGCAGUCGGAAGCGCCACAGACCACGCCGGCACAAAGCUCAGAAAGACACAUCCUUUCCUAUUCCCGGAAGCAAGAGCCUGUUUCUGUCAAGACUCAGCUGAUCAGCAAACUUCCAACCGCCUAUGUUGGGGAUUUCUCGAUGGUCGGCAAUGUGUGCCAUCGUCAUGCGGCUGUCAGGUCUCGUGAACCUGGAAAUGGGAACCGCCUGCCUCUCAUCAUAACGGUAAUUCAAAGAACCAGCGUCCCUCCAUCUCCUAUCAAACAGCAUCCUCCUCCCUUCCACACCAUGCUGGACUACAACGGCGACAGAAGACAGGUUGCAGACCAUGUUCUCAGAAGAGAAACAACAUUUACAUCCCGUGCAUUAAUCCCUACAGCUGGGACAAAACCAUCCAGCUUUGCAUCAAGCAUAGAAAAACAAAAACACCUUGAAAUGUCUGCAGCCCCCAGCGAUCUACAGCUCGGCCUUAGCCCCAAAACCCGAAGGACAAACAGAAUGCGCAAGGAGUCUAUCAUCUCUCUAGUAUCAUCAGACUACUUUGACAGAUUACUUCUGAAGCCAAAGACCGAUCGAUCUGACCAUGCCAAAAAAUUGCGCGCCGUUACCAGGUCACAGUCAAAUCUAUCU